AAGAGAGAGAAAGAGAGAUGGCGGCGGCAGAACGGAGAGUCGGGGUGGCUAUGGACUUCUCGCCGAGUAGCAAGAAUGCGUUAAAAUGGGCGAUGGAAAACGUUAUCCGGAAAGGGGAUCAUCUUAUCCUUAUUAUCAUACGGCCCGAAGCGCAUUACGAGAAGGGCGAGAUGCAGCUCUGGGAAGUCACCGGUUCACCUUUUAUCCCUUUGAUGGAGCUGUCCGAUGCUGCUAUCAUGAAGAAGUAUGGAGUCAAGCAUGACCCUGAAAUCGUAGACUUCGUUAGCGGCGUUGCUAAGGAAAAAGAUGUUGAUGUUCUGAUGAAAGUAUAUUGGGGUGAUCCACGUGAGCAGUUAUGUGAAGCCAUUGACGCUAUCCCUCUCACCUGCAUGAUUGUAGGAAAUAGAGGCCUCGGCAAGCUUAAAAGGGCUAUAAUGGGGAGUGUAAGCAACUAUGUGGUGAACAACGGUGCCUGCCCUGUGACUGUGGUCAAGAGCCAUGACUAAGGUGCUGCGACUCUUGCUCCGAUAACGUUUUUC